ACACCAGCUUGGCAUGUAACCUGGCCCAGCGCACGACCCACCUGAACACUGCGUUCAUUAAUGUUGGGGUGUAACUGUAAGACGUAAGUAGAGUUAUGACCAGCUACAAUCAGCCACACUCCACCCCAGAGCCAGAUAACACUGAACUUUCAGCAGCUGGCCAGGAUCAGAAUGGACAUGUUCCCAGGACCAUGACGCGAUACCCCUUCCAGCCAACCAAUCUGAGUGAACGCAUGACCUUUGUAUCCUUGUGGGUUAAAGGAAGGUCCACUCGCUCAAUUGCUCGGGAAACUGGCGUCAGUCCCUCAACAGUCUACAGGUGGAUCAACCGCUGGAAACAAAAUGGCAACGUAUACAAUCAGGCUUCUUCAAGCAGACCAUGCCACACUAAGCGUGCGAAGCAGCAGGUUUUGGGAUCCUUACCUCAGGUCAUGCCGCAAUCAUGUCUUGACUGGAGUAUAACGUAUCUGCCUUUUUGUAGUGGCUCUCCCUCACACUCUUGAUUACAAAGCAAAAUAAAAAUGCUAAAUUUCAGACUUCACUAUAUGGUGUAAGUAUUCUAAAAUAAUAAAUUCUGCGACGAAAUGGAAGAAUGAUUAAUUAUUAUGCUUACAAUACCCUAAUUCAUUUUUUUAAAUUUCUUAUUGUUGUAUUGUGAAUAUGAUGCCAGUGGAUGGAUGGAGAAUAGGGAAGGACCAGCAAUAUAAUGUUAAACAGCCUAAACAUCUGAAACCAUAAUUUGGAUUAUUAGACAGGUUUAGUGACCUGAGUUAUAAUGUAGUCCUGCCGAUAGUUGGCCGCUUUUCAAGCUAUAGCCGAGUGGCCAAAGAAUGUUCACUUGCUUACCAUCAACUUCAUCUUUGACGGUAAUUGUAGCGGGGAACUCUGGAUGGCUGCACGAGCCUCUGCAAAGGCGUCACUCCUAAAACCCGCACAAUCACGAUUCACCUCGGAAAGUCCGUCGUCCCCAUAACCAAACUCAACUAUGACCCUUCAAGGUUUACGUUCAGCUUUACUGUGAGUGUUGAUAGCUGUGGGUCGCGUGUUAUAGUGCCUGUCUUGGUCAGCCCUUCAGGAACGACCUAAUAUUAUUUUUCUAUGUUCAGAUGUUGGUUAUCGCCUUAUUAGUGUGGCUGUUCUUCCUGGCAAGUCAUUCCCAACACUCUGGUGCACAGAUGUCUUAUUCCUCAGGUAAUCACGUAUAUGUAGUAAAAUACAUCAGUAUUUUCCUAAUGGCUAUAAGUUCCUAUCUUAGAAUUGUAUUGUUCUUUCCAUCUCGACAGAGCUCUCGGAGGCAGAAGCACUGGGAGCCGUGCAAGCUGUUAUAUCGUCACACCACCAGCAAGAGUGUCCGGUGCUCCUGGUACUGAACCACCCAAGACAGGUUACUCGCAGGUUUUUAAAGGAACUCAAUACGGUGGUGGCGUUGCGGGGCGUCACUGUCUUCCAAGUGCCAGCUCACAAUGUGACUGACAAUGAGACGCAGAUUCAUCUGGAGGCAGCGGUUGGAAACAUUCGUCAGGUAAGGUAUUCUGGUACAGAUAGUUUCGCAAGCUUAAGGUAACUUAACAUUAUCUAAACAUUUGUUUUGUACAAAAAGAAUGUCUGUUUGUACAGCUGGGAGAGACGUGGCACUGCCUGGUGGCAGUUGUGGUGAGUGAUGACCCAGCCUUCCUCGCCGCCUUCGCUCACCUGUCACUCAGGCGUCACGCCCUUAGGUGGUCCACGAGGAUCCUUGUCCUCACUCGCCUCUCUCACAGCCACCUUGGUGGCCUGCACGACCUUCUCUCCACCAGGAACGCCAUGCUGCUCCUAGCGCGGGAUGACGAGGAAAAAAUCAGGGGUGUUGACGUGUACGUGGCGGCGCCGUACAGCGCGCCCAGCGCACAGCCCACGAGGGUCGUCACAUGGACACCAAACGCAUCAUGGACCCAAGCCUCUAACCCACAGUUUUUUCCGGAGAAGUUUUUUGUGUUUGUAUUCAUCAUUUUACUGUUAAUCACACUUUCCUUUUACUUGCCUUGUGACAAUAUAGUAAUAAACAGAAGAUGCAAAAUUAGUGCAUUAGAUUUUGAUUGUUCCGGAAAAUUGAUUUGUGCACAGGUUUCGUUCCGCGCCGAAGCUAACUUUGGUCAUCGAGCAAAUGGCGCGUGACUUCAUAUCGUGGGUAGAGGACCCAGAAGCACCAGAGGGACGGCGCCUUGUCUACACAGGACACAUCGACAACACCGUGAGAUACUUCGCCAAGGCAAUGAAUUUCACGUACGGUAACCAUGAACAGUGAUUACAGUACCUAAAAUUUUUUUUUUUUUCAGAUAGUCUACAUGAAGAGAAGUUUUACUUCUUGACAUUUUCUUUCUUUGCAUAUCUUACGUAGAGAUGUUUCCUUUUUUUCCAUUACAAAAGUACUGCCACACAGGUACAGAUACGUGCUGUCCCCAGACAGGACGUUCGGCACCAAGCUGCCUGACGGAUCCUGGACCGGCAUGAUGGGCAUGUUGGUGCGUGAGGUUAGAGACGAUUCACUCCCACACGCAUGACCGUCUUUAAGGCUGGAAUCUGGUCCUGACUUGCCUGAGCAAACUAAAGGCUCAGGAAAAUAAAUUUCUCUCCCUUAAAUUUUGGUUCCAGGAAGUGGACUUCGGUGCUGUACCUUUCAUGAUAUCACCUGUACGAGCAGAAGCUGGUGACUAUACCUCGGCGAUCUGGACUGGAAACAUGAAAAUAGUUAGCGGACUUAGCGGGCUACAGAUAGACCCGUGGGGCUUCCUGCUGCCCCUUACGGCCAUAGUAUGGGCGGCCACAUUGGCAGCGUUGCUAGGAGUGCUCGCAGUUUUGCUGCUUUAUACCUUAUGCCUACCCGGGAAAAUACAGAACCGCGGCGGUUGGUCCGCCAAUACCUCCAGCUCUGUCCGCGUCCUCCUGCAGCAAGACGUGGUGUGGCCCGCGGAGUGGUUGUGGUGGGAGCGUCUGAUGCUGGGGCUGUGGAUGCUGACGACGCUGGUGUUGACGAGGAGCUAUGCCGGCAACCUCAUGUCUCUGCUGGCCGUGAGAUACGUGCCGCAGCCCUUCCAGACACCAAGGGACGUUCUCAACGAUCCUCACGUCGCCAUGAUAUGGCAGAAGUAUUCCAAUAAUGAGCAAUUUCUUCGUGGCGUUGAAUCUGGUAUAUUCCGGGAGGUGGCAGACUUAGAAAAUGAAGGUCGGCUUAUGUUCCACACACAAGCGCAAUUCCAGGAGAGCCUCGACACCCUGGUAAGGGCAGGAAGUCACGUGCUGGUCGACAUGGGGAAUAAUAUCAGAGGUUUAGUAGCUUCGGACGUCUCUAAGAGUGGUCGCUGCGAUUUCUAUCUGUCGAGAGACGGAUUUCUUCCAUUUUCUGCCGUCAUAAUGAGUCAGAAGACGAAUCCUAUCAUACAUGGCCUCAACCACAGAGUGUUGGCCUUAUUGGAAUCCGGGCUCUUCAAAUACUGGGCACAAGAUGUCCCAAAUUUCACAAGAUGCGACAAUAUCCCAAAGAGGUUGGCGUUCACCACCACGCUCUCCAUUACGAACCUCUGGGGAGUCUUCACGGUGCUGGGCGUGGGACUGACUGCCGGGCUAAUGGUCUGGAGUGCCGAGCUGGUGCUCCUCCUAUCUAAAGGUUGACUACUGAGCUCUGAUGGGUUUUGAUGAAUUCCACUUCAACGAAGUCUACAGAAAAGUCAGGAUUUUGCAAACUUGUACGAUUGUACCACGUGCAUUUACGAGUAUUUACAGCUACAGUCCACUCAUUCCAAGCCUGCAAGUGAAGCCUCCUACUGCAAUGUAGGGAAAGUAUAUACUAUUAACAGCAAAAGAAAAUUACCGAAUCCUGAAUAAAGUAAUAAAAGUUAUAUUAAUAAA